AUGAGAUCAUCUAUCUCUUUCGAAAGAGCUUCCUAUAAAGCUAACCGCUUUCUUUCUGCUGUCUCCCAAAUUGUUCUCCUUGUUGGUGAAUGCUCCGCUUCAUCCGCCCCAUCUCAGGCCCCACCAGAGGUUUCAUUGCACAGCCCUUGGCGUGCCAGAUCUACUCUCGGCCGCUUGUUCGCGAAUGCCUCGACCUCCCAUCUGUCGACAUCGUUGGCCUCUCCGGUCUCUCCGCACCCAAUCUGUGAAUCUUGA